CGACGCCAACAUGUCGCUACGGUUGGCCGCCAGCACUGGCAGACUGGUCAGAACCGCAGCUUCUCGGCGCGCAGCCGCUGCAGGAGCACAGGUCGCUCGUGCAUUGCACAAUUCUCGACCUUCCAGCGCGUCUGCGUCUCCGUUCACUGAGUCGACAUCCCCAAACCCCACGAUCACCAAGUACGCUGAUACGACGGAGAAGCUGCACACGUACGGCUCGUACCUCAUCCAGUGUCUCCCGAAAUUUGUCCAGCAGUUCUCCGUCCUCAAGGACGAACUGACUCUCUACGUCUGCCCGACUGGCGUUGUCCCCGUCCUCACUUUCCUCCGGGACCACUCGCAAUGCCAAUUCAAAGGAUGCAUGGACAUCAGCGGGGUCGACUUCCCCGAGCGCGAGAAGCGCUUCGAGGUUGUGUACCAUUUGCUCAGCGUGAAGUAUGGCGGGAGGAUCAGAGUCAAGACCUACGCUGGCGAGACGGACCCUGUGCCGAGUGCUGUUCCCGUCUUUAGUGGCGCGGACUGGUAUGAGCGGGAAAUCUGGGAUCUGUACGGCGUGUUUUUCGAGGGCCACCCUGAUCUUCGUCGUAUCCUCACUGACUACGGAUUUGAGGGUCAUCCUCUGCGGAAAGAUUUCCCUCUAACGGGCUAUACUGAACUGCGUUACGACGAGGAGCGGAAGCGAGUUGUAUACGAGCCGCUCCAGUUGACGCAAGCCUUCCGGAACUUCGAUGCAGCAUCACCUUGGGAGCAGGUGGGUGAUGGCACUACGGCAAGGAGGCCGGAGGACUUCAAACCGGUCCCGCCGCCCAAACCUGAAGAGCCUCCGAAGAAGUAGAAUAUGCGUCCGAGAUCCUGUGAUUCUAAUCCAUCCUCGAUCUAUCUCUUUGCCCUCGAC